CUCCGGAGUUGACCUCCGACCUCGCAGGAGGGAUGCCCCUCAACAUCUGGCCACGCCAGCCCCAGACUCUGGCUGUCGUCCGGCAAUUUAUUGUUGCUGGUUCAGCCUCUCUAUCGUUUGCGGCCGCUGGUAUGGCCUCAGCCUGGCCGUCGCCCACUCUCCCCAAGAUAGUCUCCCACGACGCCCCUGUCUCGCUAAACCUUAUUGAGAUGUCAAGGAUGGUGUCGCUUUACUAUGUGGGCAACCUAGUCAGCUGCCUUCCCAUGAGUUACCUGGCAGACAACUUCGGCCGCAAGAAAAUCCUCCUGUACUCCAGCCUGUUCACCAUACUCUCAUGGUUGAUAAUUCUCAUCGCUACGAGCGCAGUGCACUUGUACAUCGCAAGGUUUUUAGCUGUAACAAUGCCUCAACAAAAGAUUCCGCCAGAGGUGAAUGUGAUCUCGAGGACAGAGUGGGGGGCUCUUCCCCCCCGGGGGGAUGUUGAGCCCGUCACACACCCCCUGGAGAAAGUAUUCAUCACUAUGGAUACAGCAAGUCACCCGUGCUACGACAAAGAGACCUGCCUCGGCAUCGUGGCCGAUCUACAGAAAAGACACAUGACAAACGACGGAGCACCAGACAUAAGAUACAAUUUUCUAGUUGGAGGUGACGGGAACGUUUACGAAGGCAGGGGUUGGCACCAGAAACCUCAAUUGGCCAAAGAGGAGAAAUACUUCGAGGAUAAGAGCCUUGACAUUGCCUACAUCGGCACUUAUGAAGUUCACGACCUUCAGAUGUACGGAAGGCUUUGUGAUUUUCUAUUAUAUGGCGCUGAAAAAAGGGAAUUAAAAGUGGGCUAUUUUGAUACGUUAGACAAGUUUGACUUGAAAGCAUUAAAGGAAGAAGGAAAAGUCGACAAGGAAAAGUCAAAUGAUGUAGACGACAAAGUAAAAUCGUUUAGUUAAACACAGAAAAUAGGUUAUUAAUUGAAAAGUGUCUUUUGUACAAAUAAAAUAGUCGUUGAGCUACGAGCUUGAACAAGGUAUCAAAGAGAAGAAGAGGAGGGUCAAAGUGUGUAAUUAAAGGGU